CCGUCGCCGCUCCUGCCCGGGCCCCUGCUGCUGCUGUUGUCGCCUGCGCCUGCUGCCCCAACUCGGCGCCCGACUUCUUCAUGGUGUGCGGAGGUCAUGUUCGCUCCUUAGCCGGCAAACGACUUUUCUCCUCGCCUCCUCGCCCCGCAUGUUCAGGACCAAACGAUCUGCGCUCGUCCGGCGUCUCUGGAGGAGCCGUGCGCCCGGCGGCGAGGACGAGGAGGAGGGCACGGGGGGAGGCGGAGGAGGAGGCGAGCUGCGGGGAGAAGGGGCGACGGACGGCCGGGCACAUGGGGCCGGUGGCAGUGGCACAGGCAGGGCUGGCUGCUGCCUGGGCAAGGCGGUCCGAGGUGCCAAAGGUCACCAUCCCCACCCCCCAGCCGCGGGCACCGGUGCGGCCGGGGGCGCCGAGGCGGAUCUGAAGGCACUCACACAUUCGGUGCUCAAGAAACUGAAGGAACGGCAGCUGGAGCUGCUGCUCCAGGCCGUAGAGUCCCGCGGCGGUACGCGCACCGCGUGCCUCUUGCUGCCUGGCCGCCUGGACUGCAGGCUGGGCCUGGGGGCGCCCGCCAGCUCGCAGCCAGCUCAGCCGCCUUCGUCCUAUUCGCUCCCCCUCCUGCUGUGCAAAGUGUUCAGGUGGCCGGAUCUCAGGCAUUCCUCGGAAGUCAAGAGGCUGUGUUGCUGUGAAUCUUACGGGAAGAUCAACCCCGAGCUAGUGUGCUGCAACCCCCAUCACCUUAGCCGACUCUGCGAACUAGAGUCUCCCCCUCCUCCUUACUCCAGAUACCCGAUGGAUUUUCUCAAACCAACUGCAGACUGUCCAGAUGCUGUGCCUUCCUCCGCUGAAACAGGGGGAACGAAUUAUCUGGCCCCUGGGGGGCUUUCAGAUUCCCAACUUCUUCUGGAGCCUGGGGAUCGGUCACACUGGUGCGUGGUGGCAUACUGGGAGGAGAAGACACGAGUCGGGAGGCUCUACUGUGUCCAGGAGCCCUCCCUGGACAUCUUCUAUGAUCUACCUCAGGGGAAUGGCUUUUGCCUCGGACAGCUCAAUUCGGACAACAAGAGUCAGCUGGUGCAGAAAGUGCGGAGCAAGAUCGGCUGUGGCAUCCAGCUGACGCGGGAAGUGGAUGGCGUGUGGGUGUACAACCGCAGCAGUUACCCCAUCUUCAUCAAGUCAGCCACACUGGACAACCCGGACUCCAGGACGCUGCUGGUGCACAAAGUGUUCCCCGGUUUCUCCAUCAAGGCUUUUGACUACGAGAAAGCGUACAGCCUGCAGCGGCCCAACGAUCACGAGUUCAUGCAGCAGCCGUGGACGGGCUUCACCGUGCAGAUCAGCUUCGUGAAGGGCUGGGGCCAGUGCUACACCCGCCAGUUCAUCAGCAGCUGCCCGUGCUGGCUGGAGGUCAUCUUCAACAGCCGGUAGCCCGGGAGGGGCCAGAGCGAGAGCCGAGCGGGCCCCGUCCAAACUACUUUGCUGCUAAUAUUUUCCUCCUGAGUGCUUGCUUUUCAUGCAGAAUUCUUUGGUCAUUGUCCCCCUCCUCCUUGUCAUUCUUGUUUAUGUUCUGUUUUGUUUUGUUCUUUGAGAAAUAGCUUAUGAAAAGAAUUGUUGGGGUCGUUUUCUGGGGGGGGGGUGGUGUUGUAGUGUUGGCAGUACACCCCCAUAUGAAAAGGGGAAGCAAGAAUUGUCCCACCAAACACAGUGUGUGAAUGGGGAGCAGGCCCUAACUUGGGGGUCAUUGUUCCACUUGUCAGGGUGGAUGUGUGAGCGACCGUGUGCCUGUGUGUCUGUGAGUGAGUGUGUGUCCGUGAAUGGCUAAUGGGGGAGAUGGGAGCUCUCUGUGCUUCUUAAUGAUGUCUCCAGCUGCGAGGUUUGCGCUCCCAGCUGUGUCUCUCUUGCCCUUUGGACGUGCUCAGUGGGGCAGAGGCAGCGCCUGGGCAAGCCUGUGACCAGUGUCCCAGCAGCUGCCAGA